UUUUUGUGCUUGACGUGUAUUUAGGUUUUUCAUUCGUAUGUAGAAUUUAAAUCGGCUUCAGAAUGAGGACACAUAAGAAAAAAGUUCGUUUGUUAAUAGUACUGUUAGUAUUUUUCAUGGGAUUUAAGAUUGGUGUGUUCACAACAAGUAACACCUAUUCAGGAAUUAGGAAACACGACGACAGUUGGAAAGGACAUAAUCCAGCCAGGACACUGCCUUCUGAUGAGAGGUCAAGUCACACCACAAAUGAUUCUCUAGUCCCUAACAUUGUUCACUACAUAUGGGUUGAUCUCAAUGGGACGUACACGUUCACAUUUCUAUAUGCAGUUAGUUUUAUUAGCGUCCACAAGAACUGGAGACCCGAGGAAAUUAUGGUGCAUAUAAAUAAAAACAAUCAACCCAAAGGACGGUGGUGGGAUUAUGUAACUUCUAUUGUAACAACGAAGAUACGGUUUUUAUCCUACGAUAUGAGGGAAAUACGGAUAUUCGGUGAAAAGCCCAGAUAUGUUGAACAUAUAUCUGAUAUAAUGCGAUUACUAUUGCUCAAAGAGUAUGGCGGGACCUAUAUUGACAAUGACGUCAUAGCUUUAAGAUCGCUAGACCCCCUCCGGCAUUAUAACCAUACACAGGGAGUGGGCCUGGUUACCAGUGCGCUUUCUAAUGGCGUAAUAAUCGCAAAAAAGACAUCUAGAUUUCUCAGCAUUUGGUUGGAGGAGUAUAAAACAUACGGCAAGAAAGAAGUUUAUAAUCUUUGGGGCCACUAUUCCGUAUCAAAGCCAAGGCAACUUAUAAAGAAACACCCAGAAUUAGUUAGAAUAGAAAGGGAUACCCUGGUAAGGCCAGAUAUGAGUGACUAUAGGAAGCUGGAAACAAGAAAGAGGGUUUGGAAAUACAGUUACAGCAUGCACGUCUGGAGACGUUUUAUUUAUAUACCUAGAAGACCAGAGGAUAUAAAACGAAUAUCAAACCAAUCUCUACUAAGAGACGUAAUGGAAUAUGUGAUAUUUGAUAAGAUUCCAUAUUAUGCUCAAAAUGAUACAAAGCUAAGCUUAGUUUGAACAUGACAAUUCUAGAAAUUGGUAAGAACAGUCUGGAGAAUUGUUGAAGAUUGAUCACAAAGAAAAGCAAAUCGCUGAGCAAAUCCUGUAGAAUAAUCUUUUCAAUUUUGUAAAGUGUAGAGGGUAACUGAUAAUACAAAUCACAAAACAUUUAGAGAUGGUUUUAUAUUUCAUUAAAGUAAAAAUAGCCAUUCAACAGUAGUCUAUAUACUGUAGUGUUUACAAAUGAUAUAUUUGUUUCAAUAAUCCAGUUCACAGUGAUUUGAUUAUCUGAUUUUUUGAUUUCCAAAAUACCAUAAAUUUGAAAUUUAAAUGAUGUUACAAAUGAUGAAGCUAAAUUGUCCUGGGUAAAUUACAUGCUUUUAUGGCGAUUGGAUGUUUAUAAAAGCAAACAAUCCGAAUAUAGAAUAAAUAUAUAUUUUUUCCCUGCAGGGACAAGAUAUGGAGUUCUUCUGAGCUCUUAAUGGAAUACAUAAAACUGUUUCGGGUUUAAUUUAUUCAUUUAUUUAAAAAAUGUGUGCACUUUCAAUUCCACAAUUCGAUAACGAACGUUAUCGUAAUUUCUCGAUUCCAAUAAGUAAA